GUCUCUGUGUUUAGGGAAGCUUAGUGUUCUGCUUUUACUGCAUGAGAGCCUGACCUCAAUUAAUGCAAUUUUUGAAGCAUGGCCUGAAUGAUUCAGCUGCUACCAAAUCAAACUACAGGGAAAGGUUGCUACCACUGCCAAGUAGGAAAAAUCUGAAGACAUAAAAGCUACACACAAGGAACAUGCCACUUAGCACCUCCACUUUUUGACGCCUACACCGGACAAUGAGAAGUCACAUGUAACAACGACGACCACUUCAGCCCACAGCUGGCCUUACUCCUCCCAGGAAGUGAUCGUAAUGGCUAACCAAAGCAGUCAUGUCCCAGGAAAUAACUGUUCCAUGGAUGAGAAACUACUCUCUAGCAUGCUAACAAUAUCCUACUCUGUCAUUUUCAUCGUGGGACUAAUUGGAAACAUAAUUGCCCUCUACGUAUUUCUGGGUAUCCACCGCAAAAGAAAUUCCAUACAGAUUUACCUUCUGAAUGUAGCCAUUGCAGAUCUCUUACUGAUCUUCUGCCUGCCUUUCCGAAUAAUGUAUCACAUUAAUGGGAACCAGUGGACACUUGGUGUGAUCCUUUGUAAGGUUGUGGGAACACUAUUUUAUAUGAACAUGUACAUUAGCAUUAUUUUGCUUGGAUUCAUCAGUUUGGAUCGCUACAUAAAAAUUAAUCGGUCUAUACAACAACGGAGGACAACAACAACUAAACAAAGUAUUUACGUUUGCUGUAUAGUAUGGAUAGUUGCUCUUGGUGUAUUUUUAAUUAUGAUUAUUUUAACCCCUAAGAGAAGAGAUCAUGAUUCCACAAUGUGUUUCCAUUAUAGAGAGAAGCGUAAUGCCAAAGGAGAAGCAAUUUUUAACUAUGCCCUUGUGGUAAUGUUUUGGCUAAUUUUCUUACUAAUAAUCCUUUCAUAUAUUAAGAUCGGCAAGAAUCUACUGAGGAUUUCCAAAAGGAGGUCAAAAUUUCCCAACUCUGGUAAAUAUGCCAAAACAGCCCGGAAUUCCUUUAUUGUACUUAUCAUUUUUACUGUAUGUUUUGUUCCCUAUCAUGCCUUCCGAUUUGUCUAUAUUUCUUCACAGCUAAAUGGGUCUUCUUGCUAUUGGAAGGAAAUCAUUCACAAAACCAACGAGAUCAUGUUGGUUUUCUCAUCUUUCAAUAGCUGCUUAGAUCCAGUCAUGUAUUUCCUGAUGUCCAGUAACAUCCGCAAAAUAAUGUGCCAACUUCUUUCUAGACGAUUUCAAGGGGAAGCAAGCAGAAGUGAAAGUACUUCAGAAUUUAAACCAGGAUAUUCCCUGCAUGAUACAUCUGUUGCAGCUAAAAUUCAGCCUACUUCUUAAAGCACUUGAGGUAAACACAUUAAAAAGAAUGAGAAAAUAUAACCUCUUAAUACCUUAAAGAACUAAAAUUUAUGAAACAAAGCUCUAGCAUUUGCAAAGCUCAGAUCUGCUCAAAGCUCUUUGCUUAUUUGUGAUAUUUCAUUUGCUUAGUUGUAAAAUCUUUCAAGGAAAAGAAAAGUUCAUACUCAUCACUAGACUUUAAAUCUGUAUGUAAAAUCUUUUCAAAAUAUGCUGUUAAGCUAAUACUCUUAACAUAGAUUAUAAAGUUACAUGAAAUUUAUGGUUUUAACAACAGAAUAAUUAAAAUGUCAUGGUUUCUCAAGCCACUAACAUAGUUACUCAAAAUCAAGCACUUAAUACUAAUUUAAGGUAUGUUUAAAAGUAAGUUAGGGGGAUGCCUGGGUAGCUGAGCGGUUGAGUGUCUGUCUUUGGCUCAGGGCGUGAUCCCAGUUUAGGGAUUGAGUCCCACAUUGGGCUCCCCACAGGAAGCCUGCUUCUCCCUCUGCCUACAUCUUUGCCUCUCUCUCUGUGUUUCUCAUGAGUAAAUAAAUAAAAUCUUAAAAAAAUAAAAAUAAAAUUAAGUUAAAUGAUUGGCAGACUGAGAAAAAUGUUAGAAAAUGUAUAUUCUUUGUCAUUUAAAAAGCCUGUAUAAUUUGCUACCUUAUUCAUUUAUGCCUAAGCCAUUAUUAACAGAUGAAAUAAUAAAAUUCUAAUUAAAAAAUAAAAUCAUCCAUUAUCUAUCACUGAUCAAAUAAUAAGAAUUUAAACACUACACAGUAAAAUCUAACAAUAGACAAGCUAAGGAAUGAUAACCUACCGACAAGACUUGAACCCACACCUUACUUAAAACAGAUUUGUAAAUGAUUCUGCCAUCUUGGACCACACUUUGAUAGAGUAAAAUUGAAAAUAGGCACACUCUUAGGAUCUGCCAAGUCUGCUACUGGGCAUACACCCGACAGAACCACUCACACACAUAUAUAAGAAAACAAUUGGAAACAAUUUGACUAUGCAUCAGCAAAGGAAUGGAGAAAUAAAUUGUGGCUUAUUCACAAAAUAGAGUAUUACACAGUGCUUCAACAAAAUGAAUUAUACCUGCAUGCAUCAAUAUGGAAAAUUAUAAAAAACAAUGUUGAAUAGAAAUCAACCCUCCCAAAUCCAAUUGCAAAAGGGUACACACCAUGUGAAAUCAUUUAUGUAAAAUACAAAACAUAUAAAAUACCAUAUAGAUAUGCAAUACAAGUACAAAAUGUGCAUAAUAUACACAGAAUAACAUCCCAACUUAAAGUUAAUGGUUAUAGCUGGAGAGAUUUGAAGCAAACAUGGCAAAAUGUUAAUGUCUGUUAACCUAUGUGAUAGUACUUGGGUAUUCUAUUAUUUUUGGUAUAUUCCUGAGUGUUUGAAAUAUUUCAUACUAACAAUAUUUUUGGUAUAUUCCUGAAUGUUUGAAAUAUUUCAUACUAACAAAGACAACUUACAGAUUAGAAUUAAAGGGAGAAAAUUCUGAAGUUUUCAUGCAUGCUCAAAAUUAAUUGGAGAGUAAGCUCUAAAAUAAAGGGCUCUUAUUUGGCAAGGGCUCUUGGGAGCUUAGUGCAUUGCGAGGCACACAGGUGACUAACAGGUAUCUACUGAAUAACUGAAUGAAUGAACGAAUGAGCAGAUGAAUGAGAUGGGGGGGUAUGCCUAACAGAAUUGAAAAAGUGGGUGUAUUUUUUUCCUAGUCAAUGUAUCUCGAUAUAGCUGCAUAGAACAUCAUACAAUUGUAAACAGGAGAUGUCAUUUAAGGCAACCAUUCUUAGAAGUUUGUCCAGCAUUUAUUCAGUUUUUUUUGUCACAGGACCAGAAUGCCACUGAGUAAAUACGUAAAAUUUGUUAUGAGAAGUCCAAGGAUGCAUUCAUAAGUUUGUCACAGAAUAGGAGAAUUUCUUAUAGUUAGAAUAAUUCUUCAAACUUCAGGGGGGCAAUUGGCUGGGGAAUCAAAGUUAGAGAGUAUGAAGAAUUUUGUUGGGCUGAAUUUAUUUUAAUGAGAUUUGGCUUUUAUACAAUUAGUGCACAGCUCUAUUUCAGUAAGUGCAUACAACUGAAUAAAGAACAGGUUGAGGGAUCUCUGGGUGGCGCAGCAGUUUAGUGCCUGCCUUUGGCCCAGGGCGCGAUCCUGGAGACCUGGGAUCGAAUCCCACGUUGGGCUCCUGGUGCAUGGAGCCUGCUUCUCCCUCUGCCUAUGUCUCUGCCUCUCUCUCUCUGUGUGUGACUAUCAUAAAUAAAAAUAAAAAUUAAAAAAAAGAACAGGUCGAAGCAGAAUUAUACUAAAAAAACAAGAAACAUUUGAGAAGAAAAACGGAAAUUUGCAGAAAAAUUAGCAGCUCAGAAAAAAACUUCUAUUACUUUGCUCUGACGAUGUUAGCAAAUACCACCAAACUGAAAUUUAGCAUUUCUAGUUGUAUGGUCAUAAAAUAUGAUGAUACUGAUUUUCCCUUAAGUGCUCAAAGUUACAAAGAUUUUUUUUUUACAUUACUGGUAAGCAUUUUAUAU